UUUCCUGCUGGGAAUGGAAUCAAUGGUUGGGAAGUUAACAUUACCUUCGCUGAAUCUGUAACAUCCAUGGAGAUUGCUUUUGCUGAUGUUCUAAAUAAGUCUGCUGACGGAAAGGUUUGGACUGUUGUUAAUAAAAUGGACAAAGGAUUAUACGAUGCUGGUUCCACGGUCAAGAUGCGAUUCUUCGCUAAAUAUACUGGAACUAAAGCUCCUGAUGGCAUGGCUUAUCUCACAAAUCUAGGUGUCGACAGUCAAGUACUGCCCGCGUUACUAAAUACUGGAUGUACCAAAUACAACUACGAUGAUGUUAUCAGAAAAUCUAUCUUGUUCUACGAAGCUCAAAGAUCUGGUAAAUUACCAGAUAACAACAGAAUACCAUGGAGAGGUGACUCUGGUCUACAGGAUGGUAGUGACGUUGGGGUUGAUUUGACUGGUGGCUGGUAUGACGCUGGAGAUCACGUUAAAUUUGGUUUCCCAAUGGCAUAUUCUACCGCAAUACUUGGAUAUGGGUUACUUCAGUGGAGAGAUGCCUAUGCAGAAAGUGGUCAAUUGGAUUGGAUGUAUGACUCUAUUAAAUGGCCUUUAGAUUAUUUCCUGAAAGCUCACACAAAACCAGAAGAGUUGUAUGUUCAGGUUGGUAAUGCUGGUGCCGAUCAUGGUUUCUGGGGAAGACCAGAAGAUAUGAAAAUGUCCAGACCAGCUUAUAAAGUCGAUGCUACUCAACCUGGAAGUGACGUAGCACACGAAACUAGUGCCGCGUUUGCUAUAGGCUAUAUGAUUUAUAAAGACAAGGAUCCUGCUUAUGCUGCUAAAUUAAAGGAACAUGCUACACAACUAUAUGAUUUUGGUAUGAAAUAUAAAGCUCGUUAUACAGAUUCUGUUUCCGCAGCCUCUGGAUUUUAUAGUUCUUCAAAUAUGACAGAUGAACUCUGUUGGUCAUCACUGUGGAUGUACCAGAUGACUAACGAUUCUAACUAUCUAACAGAAGCCGAGAAAUGGUUCCAACCCGGUCCAGCUUGGGGAAUGUCAUGGGACGAUACUCAAGCCCCAAAUCAGGUUUUAUUAUAUCAGUUUACCAAGAAAGAUAUUUAUAAACAAGCUGUUGAAGAAACAUUUAAAUACUGGAUGCCUGGUGGAACAAUAAAAUAUACACCAAAAGGAUUGGCGUGGAGAUUACAAUGGGGGUCUCUUAGAUAUGCAUCUAACAUGGCGUUGGUAGCUUUAAUGGCUGCUGAAGCCGGAAUUAAUGCAGAGAAAUAUAGAGUCUGGGCUAUGUCACAGAUUCAUUAUGCUUUAGGUGAUACAGGUUUUAGUUACGUCAUUGGAUUUGGUGAUAAAUAUCCUUUAAGACCCCAUCACAGAUCAGCAUCAUGUCCUUGGGCACCAGCCCCCUGUUCUCCAAAUACUGUCCAUAGACCACAGCCUAGUGUCCAUACACUCUAUGGAGCUUUAGUUGGAGGUCCUGAUGCCGGUGAUCAAUAUAAAGACACCAGGGAGAAUUAUAUUAAUAAUGAAGUUGCCACUGAUUAUAAUGCUGCUUUCCAAGGAGCCGUAGUUGGUUUGAGAUCAUUGAUUUUAAGAAAGAUCCAUCCUGAGCAGCUAGCAGGAACUGCUAAAUGUAACUUUUCAAAGUGAUAACCCAUCUAAUGUAUCCUCGAUUAUUUGAGAAUUGUUUUCAAUGAAUCUUACAUAUUAAAAUAUUUUCUAU